GGACAGUCCUCUAGCUCUGUUCUCUAAUGAAUGUCUUCUCAUUCCAUAUUCUGAGUACUGACGCGGAAAAAUAAUCUCGGGUGAUGGCUGGAAAGCCACAGUCUGGAGUAUAUCUAUGUAUUGAAGGCUCUCAUGCAUUUUUCACGUUUCCCGCGGUAAAGUCAACACAUCCAUGCAUGUACAAGGGCGCAGACCAAUGCUCGAGCCUUUGAAACAUUCACAUCUUCUCACUUCCCUCCCAUACCCUUGAUAAUAUACUCUCCAUGACCAUGGUUUACUCUUGUUUCAAUUUUCCUUGACAGUCUAAUUGAAUUCUUUCUUAUUAUAACCUCCAGAUUUAUGCGACAGCGGCCCGAGUCUAGAUAUCAUUUCAAGCAUGUCUGCUGGAGCCCCUGUCCCAAUCUCUAUCCCAAUUUCCAACCCUCAAGACAUGGUCUUAUGCGUCGAUGACAUCAAAAAGAAAGCCGAUGAAAUCCUCCCGCUCGUCAUUAGAGACUUCAUCAACGAUGGCUCCACUCAUCAGACGACCAUUGCCGAGAACUCAUCUGCGUUUGGCAAAUACCGACUACGGUCUCGCGUGCUGGUCGAUGUGUCAGACCUGGAUACUUCGACGAUAUGUCUCGGACGAAGAGUCAAGUUCCCACUAGGUCUAGCACCCUCAGGCCUCCACGGACUGGUGCAUACAGAUGCUGAAGCAGCAACAAGUCGAGCAGCCGCCGCCAUGAACGUCAAUAUGGGAAUCUCGAGCUACGCAAACCUCCCGACGGAAGAGAUCAUCCGUGCAGCAAAAACAUCACCAGUAGCAGCGACCGAUACUGGCCGCGCCGACGACACCCUACCCAUCAGUUUCGCACAGCAAAUGUACACGAUGCGCGACAAAGCCCUACAAACACGCAUCCUACGCAAAGCCCAAUCCGCAGGCUGCAGUGCCAUAUUCCUCACCGGCGACUCGCCCGUUCUGGGAGUACGGUAUAACGAAUGGCGACACGACUUUCGCACACCAGAGGGUCUACACUGGCCGAUCCUAGAACGCACUUCGGAACAGAUUCGAAACACUACCCAUGACGGAGGAUUCACGGCCUUUAAUGACGAUUCUCACAGUUGGGCUCGUGAUAUUAAGUGGUUCCGUGACCGGAUUACUAGCACCAGCACCAGCACCACCACUAGUAGCAAUCCUGCAAUGGAAAUCUGGGUCAAAGGUGUUCUCACGGCCGAAGACACUGAAUUAGCUAUCCAGCAUGGCUGUGAUGGUAUCAUUGUGAGUAAUCACGGCGGACGACAGCUCGAUGGUGUUCCUGCUACGCUUGACGCGCUCGUCGAAUGUGUUGAUGCCGCUGCGGGGAGGAUUCCUAUCCAUUUCGACGGUGGGGUUCGUCGUGGCUCUGAUAUCUUUAUUGCUCUUGCUCUCGGCGCUGAGUAUGUCUGGGUAGGGCGACCGGUGCUCUGGGCUCUCGCCUAUAAUGGCCAGAAAGGCGUCGAGAAGAUGUUGCAGCUGCUCUAUGAUGAAUUUCGUAGAUGUAUGGCGCUUUGUGGAUGUCGUCGUGUCAAGGAUAUAAAUAGAUCGUGUUUGAAUCGUAUGGGUGUGGAUGGGGUUCUGAGGAGACUUGACGGAUAAAAUAAUGUAAGUAGAUACGAUCAACUCUUCAAUUUCUCAAGGAUAAAAUAUACGUAGCGAGUAGCAGCUGCAACUAACGCUAAGUCGCCUACAGAGCUCUAGGCAUCACUCCUAUAUACUCUCUCUAGCCUCCAGGGCACUCUCUCCAGGGCACUCUCUCCAGGGCACUCUCUCCAGGGCACU